AUGUCUGGGCGAGAGGAGGAGGAGCAACUGGCCGCGCCUGACAGGCCGGACGAUAACGAACAGCCUGGCGGCAAGAAGGGAAAGCACCGGAAGCCAAAACCAUGGGACCAUGAUGGCAUCGACCACUGGCAGACCGUCAAGAUAGCCCCCGAGGACAACCCGACGGGCCUGCUGGAGGAGUCCUCGUUCGCCACGCUGUUUCCCAAGUACCGGGAGAAGUAUCUGCAGGAGGUGUGGCCGGCGGUGACGCGCGCGCUGAAGGAGCACCACAUCAAGUGCGAGCUCAACUUGGUGGAGGGGUCGAUGACGGUGCGCACCACGCGCAAGACCUGGGACCCGUACAUCAUCAUCAAGGCGCGCGACCUCAUCAAGCUGCUCGCGCGGUCGGUUCCGUUCCAGCAAGCGGCGCGGAUCCUCGAGGACGACGUCACGUGCGACAUCAUCAAGAUCGGCGGCAUGGUGCGCAACAAGGAGCGGUUCGUGAAGCGGCGACAGCGCCUGAUCGGACCCAGCGGGGCCACGCUCAAGGCCAUCGAGCUGCUCACGGAGUGCUACGUGCUCGUCCAGGGCAACACGGUGUCGUGCAUGGGGUCGUACAAGGGCCUCAAGUCCGUGCGGCGCAUCGUGGAGGACUGCAUGAAGAACGUGCACCCCAUCUACCACAUCAAGUCCCUCAUGAUCAAACGCGAACUCGCCAAGGACCCUGCCAUGCAGAACGAGAACUGGGAGCGUUUCCUGCCCAAGUUCCGCGCGAAGAACGUGCAGCGCAAGAAGCCGAAGCAGGUCCACGCGAAGAAGGACAAGGCGCUGUUCCCGCCCGCGCCGCAGCCGUCGAAGCUCGACCUGCAGAUCGAGUCGGGCGAGUACUUCUUGACCGAGCAGGAGAAGGCGUCCAAGGCGAAGAACGCCAAGCUGGACAAACAGGCCAGCGUGGUGGCGCAGCGCAAGUCGGAGCGCGAGGCGGCGUUCCAGGCGCCGGACGAGCCGCGCAGGGAUCGGCCGCCUGCGCAGGUGCCCGGGGACGAGGGCAUGGGUGCGAUGGUGGAUCGGCUGCGCGCCGGGCAGCGGGCGUGGUCGCAGGGCGGGACCGAGAGGGUGUCCAGCGUGUCCAAGUUCCUCCAUGGGCCGACAGGAGCUGGGGUGAGCCAAGCUGCGGGGAAGGAAAAGAAGGAGAAGAAGGAGAAGAAGGAGAAGAAAGAGAAGAAGGAGAAGAAGAAGGAGAAGAGUUGA